GGUUACCAUCUGAUUUCAUUUUAUUACGUGUUUUAUUAUCGUUGAUCGCCUUCUUUUUCUGUUCGAAAACUACUUUUGGUAUAAAUAAUUAUCAUUUCUCGGCGUUAAUUUCAUCAUAUUUAAAUAUAACUCCGUACUAGACGUGUACUUCGAGUAGAUCUCAUUCGUUUUAAAUCGUGUUAUGUGAUAUCUGAGUAACCCUUCGAUCUAAAUUUUUCCACCGGAUUCGUGUUUUUUUUUCUCGUACUUGGUUCAAAAUGAGUCUACAGUGGACAUUGGUAGCCGGAUUUUUAUAUUUGGAAGUAUUCAUCACGUUGCUUCUAGUCCUUCCGGUAGCUUCACCUCAACGAUGGAAUCGACUUCUGAAUUCAAGUUUCGUCAAAACACUUCGAAGUCAAGCACAAUGGUAUUUCUAUCUUAUAUUAGUCAUAUUGGUAUUAUUCCUACUGGAUGCUAUUCGUGAAAUGCGUAAAUACUCCAAUCUCGAAGCCAGCGAACACCACGGACACGCGCAUUUAGAAACGGAAAUGCAAACCAGCAUGAGAUUAUUCAGAGCUCAACGUAACUUCUAUAUUUCUGGGUUUGCUUUGUUUUUGAGCGUAGUCAUCAGACGCAUACUUCAUUUACUAACCACUCAAGCUAAUCUAAUCGCUCAAAGUGAAGCUGCGUUGAAACAAGCUCAAAGUGCUUCGGCUGCAGCUAGAUCGAUGUUGACUAAAGAAAAAACCGAUGGAUUGUCGAGCGAAGCGUAUGAAAAACAGAUCAAAGAACUCAAAGAAUCGCUUAAAUCUGCCGAAGAGAAAUAUAACAAGAAUAAACAAGAUCGAGAUGCUUUGAAAAGUCAAGCUGAAUCUGUUACGAAGGAAUACGAUAGGUUAUUGGACGAACAUAGGAAAUUACAAGAGAGUGUUUCGGCGUCUGGUGAUAAAAAACGCGAAUAGAGUAUCAUUUUUCAUUUUUUUCGUGUGUAUAGUUAGCUGUAAUAAUUUAACUUUGUAAUUUUGCUCAUUUUAAGUUCUCUGUUAACUUCGUAAUGUCUUAAGGGAAUUAUAUUUAUACUUUUUUCGGUGUA